AUGACAAAUGGCGGCCAGAAACACAAGUCGUCGGCGGCAUUCCACUUCGCAGCCGGCCUGGGCUCCGGCGUGACGAGCGCUUUCCUCCUACAACCUGCCGACCUCCUCAAAACUCGCGUGCAACAAUCCUCCAGCGCAUCACUCUCAGUCGCUCUUAAGAGCAUCCUCGCAGGCCCUUCUCCCAUACAACAGCUAUGGCGCGGCACCACGCCAUCCGUCAUCCGAACAGGCGCAGGCUCAGCCCUCUACUUCGGCAUGCUGAACCAAUUGCGACGAGCAACUUCCACCACCACAUUAGGAAUAGACGGCAAAUCAAAAACAAAUCUCAGCAAGCCUGCAAACCUGGUCACGGGAGCUGCAGCAAGAGCAUUAGCUGGCUUUGUCAUGAGCCCAGUCACCGUCUUGAAAGUGCGGUACGAGAGCAGUCUAUACGCCUACACCUCACUAUCCUCCGCCGCAAGAGACAUCUUCAAGACAAACGGCGCCAAAGGCUUUUUCGCAGGUUUUGGCGCAACAGCCAUCAGAGAUGCACCAUAUGCAGGUCUCUACGUCCUGUUCUACGAGCAAAGCAAGACUUCACUAUUCGGACACUUGGACAUUGCCGCACCGCUUGCAAACUUUGGAUCUGGAGUUCUGGCUGCUGCUGCGGCGACGGCGGUCACAAAUCCUUUUGAUGCGGUCAAGACAAGAUUGCAGUUGCGGCCUGAGAAGUACAGGAAUGCGAUUAGUGCUGCCAAGAAGAUGAUUGCGGAAGAAGGUGCUAUGUGUCUGUUUGAUGGGCUGGGCAUUAGGAUGGCGAGGAAGGCUGUUAGUUCUGCGUUAGCGUGGACGGUGUAUGAAGAGUUGAUUCGCAGGGCGGAGGAUAAAAUCGUCACAUAG